AUGACAACCGAAAGCACAUGUAUCGAUCCUUGCCAUCAAGACAACGAUCUCGGUCCGUUUGCGUGCCCUAUUUACACGUUAAUUCAAGAUGACCGAGGUCGAAAGAAGAAACUCAACUUCACUGUGCGCGACCGCGACAUAGUCGUCUGCGUGUCGGUCGACGAGUCGGCUGUCCGCAUAUUGCACCUACAGUGUGUGCGUGAAGACACUGUUGCGAUGGCGCGGGUCGCCAUCGAGGAGCUCUUCGAUGAGUUGAAGUCCUUGGAUGACAGGAAUGAUAGCCCAUUCAAGAGGAUGGCCCUAAUAAUGAAAGAUGAUGUCACGGAUAUGGUUCAUCAUGAGUUUCAUAAAUUUGUCAACGCACAGGCGGAGAAGCGCGGCCUUGAGUUUACAUGGAUGGAAGGGGGCUAUUCACGGGAAACAUUGCGAGCUAUUGGCGAUCAGGUAUUUCUAGAGCUGAGGUUACGCGAAGGCGGCAGUUGGGAUGCGAAGACUAAUCGACGCCAUGGAGUCGGGUCAAGGGAAUUUGAGGCUAAGGAACAAGAGGAGCGAAAACAGCGAAAGAAGGGAAGGAAGGGGCAAAAGAGACCUCCAAGGGGAGAACAUAAGGAUGCCGAGCCGCAAGUUGGAGAGCUGUAA